AUGCUUGGCAUCUUAUUUCAUCUGAGGCAGUGCUGGAGUAUUCUAUGCGGUACCUUUUCCUUCUGCCUAGAACUCAUUCGUGGCACCUCAUCAACAUUGGAUAUUGAGCAUCAGGCGGGUCACGAUAAGGGUGAUGAGUUCGAUUGUCAAGUGCAUUACUACGACCGAGCGGCUGAAGAGAGGAGCAAGACGAGACGGAGCUCCGGCCUCCUGACUAACUUCAUCGAUGAGAUGCGCUUCUAUCCCAAAGUCAGCCCUAAAACCCCCGUUCAUUAUGUGAAUGGCGUUGAGAGUCUGGCUUCUGAUAAUACAUCCUCUCAGGAUACUCUUGUUGACGUCGUGAACCCGGAUCUUAGUUUGGGCGUCACGGAAUCAAGAGACCACGACCUGUCAGCAAAUCAACAAGGGCGCAAGACAAGCCAAGGGUCUAGUGUCUUUAGUGGUAAGGUGUCUCUCAACCAGGAUAUUGCCUUCGCAGCAGGCAAAGAUGGAACUUCACCAGAGAUACCGGAGGUGACGAAGCUGCUCACUUGGAAUUGGAAACCGCGUGAUGCACAAGAUUCUAGCGCCGAAAAGGUCGCAUUGCAUCUUAUCUCCGAGAGUGAGGGAUACUUCCACUAUGUUCAAUUCAAGGACUGGGUGGAGGAAGCAACAGAUUCUUCAGGUGCCGCGAGAUUCCUCGAGUCGAAGUAUGAUUGUCUAAGUGCAACGCUUUACUACUAUCUCAGAAGACAUGCGGAAGAAUAUGGAAAGUACUUGGAUGUGAAGAAAGUCUUAGAGAAAGAGGCAGACCCUUUUCUAUUCCACGCAGUUGAGCAUGCCUGCAACUGCGUUAUGAGACAGAAAUGGGUCGAAUACAGUAUUAACUUUCAGUUCAUUACGGAUCCGCUCAAAAGAGUUCUUUCCAGAAACAGCCCAAUUCAGGACAUGAAACUCGACGCCUUAGCAGUACGCUUUAGACGCUGGUAUAGUAGUCCUGAGCGCGUCUGGUUGCAGGAGUUUGACACUCGGACUGACUUUCUCGACCAAUUGUACCACAUGAAACCUGAGGCACUGGCAAUCGAGCUUUCGAACGCAGAUCUCUGUCUCUUUCAAGGACUUACUGUUGACAGUCUUAUGAAGGGCAGCGGCGAUGUACUGUCGGCUCUUAAUACCCGUUGGAACAACCUUUCCUGUGAAUCAGAAGAAUGUUCAACUGCCGGCUUUAAUUCAAAGUUGGUCGAAUUGAUUCAGGAACUUUAUCGUCUGAGUAACUUUUACUCGUUGACAGCAAUCCUUCUGGGCAUCCAGUCAAGAGGGAGGCGACUACCAGCGCUCGAGGAAUUCAACUAUCUGAUGGAUUCUAACGAAAACUACUUGCUGUAUCGGCGGUGCGUUUCUCCUGGGCCUGCCCUUCACUUUCUACUCCCUUUCAUACGGAUCCGACUUGGAAAGGCUGCGGCUGCUUUGAUGUCUUCUGCCGUUCGUGUGUUUUCUUGGUCUGCGGUUAGAUCCAACUUUCUCAUUACCACUGUCAUCCUCUUCGAUGUAUUUUUAUGUCCGUGUUCACUCAGCCUCUUUAUCUUUUAG